AUGUUCUGGAGCUUCUUUUGCCUUUGUGCAUCGAAGCUCGUCACCGAAGGGUUUGCGGGCUUCGUGCGUUUCGCGCAUCUGGUGAACCUGUUACCCUUCGAAGACCCGGGUCAGAGAGUGGCCAUCUCGAGCUGGCUGAACGCCAAAGAUGCGGCAACGGCUCAAGGCAUCGACGUGUCUCUGCACACAGUGGAAAUCGCGGGGGAGACGGGGGUUUGGCGUCCAACGCCUUCCUUCCAACGCCUUCCAGACCUCACGCGCACGACACGCCAGGUCAUGGCCACCGUCUUUGACGACGCUCCCAAUCUGCCGCUCCUACGUGACGUCUUGGAGAGGGCCCUUCUGCUGCCGGCGGAAUUCGUCGUGCUGACCACGGCAGACAUCGGCCUUGUCCCCAACUUCUACUCUGAAGUCCUCGGGAUCCUUCGCCAAGCACCAGUGAAAGCGCUCAGCAUCAACCGGGUCGGGAUCGGCAACUGGAGCAGCUUUGUCCCCAAGGCGACUGCAGAGGCCGUCAAGCUUGGACCGAUACUGGAGCUUUCGAGGCACUUUUCGCAGCUACAUCCUGGUAGCGAUUGUUUCGUCUUCGAGCGCGCCACUGUGGAGCGGAUGAUCCCGGCAGUCGGCUACGUCUUCUUUGGCCAAGCACCGUUUGGCCAGCUCAUGCUCGAGGCCAUGAGACACGCCACCGGCCGUGAGCCUAUGGUCAUCGCGCGACGCAGGUUGACGUUCCACCUCGAUCCGCUCGAGGUGAAUCGGAACUUCGAUUGGAAGGACAGGUCCCACAAGAGCACGGAAUUGCUGGCGCUGAACAACAUGGCAGGGUUUGGUCUUUCUCCGGGCAAGCUCAUGUUUCAGAGCCUUCCAGAUUCCAGUGCCGUACUAGAGCGUGUCCAUCGACACUUCGUGGUUCCCGGGGAGGUGGACUUGAACAAGACGGGUUACUUUGUAGAUUUGGGCCAGUGCUUCUCGAAGAAUGGCACCAUCAGUGGAGUGGCGCUGGUGGCGAUGUGUACAUCUCCCAAGGAGACCACAACUGUGCUGGGCAUCGACCUCUUUCACAUGGUAAACUCGACGACUGCCCGAUUUCGCGGCCGGCGGAGAGUCUUCGGCCUGCCGCCUGAUCUCCGGCAGAAGAAGUUCGGUCCGCGCAUCCUUUUCUUCAGCCUUGGCAUGAAAUUUGUGGCUGGGGACUGCCUUGGCUUUAUAUGGCACCACGAUUGGGCCGGUUUGAUCCUGGGCGCAGAAGAUCUCAGCGAUCAGCAGCCUCCAACGCUGUACUUGGGCCUGGAAAGAGGCAAGGAUCCUGCAGCAACUGAACAGCACUUUGGUCAGGUCGAGUUCCUUGCUUCACUGCUAAAGACCAUCUCUUGA